CUUUAGUGUGAAGAGCUGUUUCCUGCUCAUUUAAUACCAACUCAUCGUUGAAGUCAACAGGCAUCUAAUUUUCUCUUAAUUUUCUACUUUCAAAGACAGUAAAAACGUUGGAUGUUGACUGCUGCAUUAGGAUCAAGAUGAUUUCAUUGGUGAAAAGUCAGAUUAUUCUGAUAUUUUACAUAUUUUCCUUCCUGAUUGGCCUUCCUGCCAAUCUGGUGGCUCUCUAUGCCUUCAGCAUCAAAAUCCACCACAGUCCUCUUCCAACAGACAUCUUGCUUCUGAAUCUGACUGUGUCCGACCUGCUCUUCUUGAUCAUCCUUCCUCUCAAGAUGCACGAGGCAGCUUCAGGGAUGCAGUGGAAUCUGCCCAACUUUAUGUGUUCCAUCACCUCCUUUAUCUUUUUCUCCACAAUCCACACCAGCUCCUUGCUGCUGAUGGCCGUCGCCGUGGUCCGCUACGUAGGAGCAGCAUUUCCUGUUAUCUACCAACACCUCAAGAAACCUGUGUACCCGAUCACUAUCAGUGCUGCUAUUUGGCUGAUCUCAAUGGGACACUGCAGCAUUACUUUCAUCAUCCAGCACCACCCCUCCUUGUCCAUCUCAGACUCUUCUAUGUGCUAUGAAAACUUCACAGAGAGGCAGCUGGAAGUUCUCCUCCCAGUGCGUUUGGAGUUUUUCUUUCUGUUCUGCCUGGUGCCUCUUUUAAUUACUACUUACUGCUACCUGCACUUAAUUUUGAUUCUGUACAGCCGUCCCAGGAUAUCCUGGAUGCAGAAGAGGAAGGCUAUUGGCAUGGCUUUAGGGACUCUUGCCGUGUUCCUCAUUUGUGUUGGACCAUUCAACUUCUCUUUUUUGCUGGGUUACUUCCAGCGUGCAAGCCCAAUGUGGAGAUACUACACUUUGCUGCUCAGCACGUUGAACACCUGUUUUGAUCCAAUUAUAUUCUAUUUUUCCUCCUCUGUCUUUCACUUCACAAGCGAAAAAUCCAUUUUCAGAAAGCACUGUAGUAAGUGGAGAAAAGGGACAAAUUUAGAACAAUAAUUUAUGAUCAAUGUGCGUUCCAUCCCACAUGAUGUAUUUGACAUUGGCAUUUUGUAUUUGACAAAAUGCCAGGAAACCAAUUGAUGACGUCUUUGACAUGUUUUUUCCUGUUUGCUACCAUGUAUCAGCAGCUUUUUCUGAGUACACAUGAACAUAGUACUUAACUGUAAUGAUUAACCUGUCAGGAAAUAUAUACAAAAUUAGAAAUGUGUAUUUUCAUAUAUGCUAGGUGGUCUGUUUGUUGUUAACUUCAUUUAAUGUGUUGUUUUUUUAACUAAAUCCUUUAAACAACGACCAUCUGCAUGUGACAGUUUUUUCUAUAUAAUAUGAGAACAAAAAAGUAACUUACUCUUUUAUAUCAGCUUUUUUUCUUAUUUCUGAGUAAUU